AUGGGCACGGCCCAAGGGGGUGCAAGAGGGAGGAAGGAGGGGCCAAGGCGGGGCGAAGGGAAGAAGGAGGACCCAGGAGGGUGCAGUGGCGGGGGGGACGGCGGCGCCUUACUCCCCCAUGUCGGCGGCUACCGGGGGCCGGGGUCGUCGGGCAGCGCCCAGGCAGCAGAGUCAUGGCGCGGGCAGAUGGGUGGCGGUGGCGGCGCUGCCGGCCCGGCCCGGCCCCGCCUGCAGGCAGUGGGCGCAGCCCCCGCGACGGCACCUCCCACCCCCCUCCCCCCCCGGCCCCAGCCCCGUUCCCGGCGGUCACUCACCGGCUCGCCCACCCCAGCGGACAAAUCAAAUGAGAAGAGGCACCCCCCCGAGGCGGACGAAACCGCUCCUCCACCCUCCCCGGCCGCUGCCGCUGCCGCUCCUCCCCGCCCGGCCCAGUCCCGCCGGGGGUUCAGCCGCUCGUCGGCUCAGCGGCCAGGCGAAGUUUCCACCGCGGUGGUGGAGGCGCCCCCGGUGUGCCGCGCCCGCCCCGCAUUGGCACCGGGCGCCGGGGCGCUGUGCCGCUGCCGCCGCCGCCGCCCGGACAAUGUGCGUGCGGGGGGAGAGCGGCGGAGCGGGAGCGCGCCCCGCCGGCGGCCGCGGCACACGCCCCGCGCCCCGCCCCGCCGCGCUCAGCCGCCGCCCCUGAUAGGCGGCCCCCGCCGCCGCCGCCCUCCGGCUGGGCUGCGCUCCCGUCAAUCAGCAGGCACCGCCCGCCCACCGCGGCCUGGCCGCGGGGCGGCCCCGAGGGCGGUCCCUGGGGCGGCUGGGAGCGGGGGGAGGGCGGCAGCCGCCGCCUCGCCCUGCAGGCUGCCUCCGGGGCUGCUGCUGCUGCUGUCCCCUGCCCCCCGCCCCUCACCCCCGGGGGCCGCGGGGCUUUCGCUGUUCGUCCUCAUGGCCGGCGCUCUCCCGGCCGCCCCGCGACGGCCCCUCCUCGGGAGCUGCCCGCCGCCGGGGCGAGGGGAAGGCCUGGCCGGCGCUGUGCUGCAGGCGCCGACUGCCUCCCAGCCUCUCCUCCCUCCCUGCCUCCCCUCCCUCCCGCUGCUUUCGGGCCGCCCUCCCCUGCGGCUGCGGGACUGCUCUUCCCGCGGGGGCAGCCAGAGGCGCCGCCGUUCGCCCGGUAGCGGCAGGAGCUACCCCGACGCGGAGUGCGGGGUGGGUGAGCAGCUUGCUGCCCUCCUGCCCCGGUCUGCGUCCCGCUGCGCCAGCUCGGGAGCACAGCUGCUGCCGUCUAAAGGGCCCAGCCCUGCAGGUAUCGCGGCGGGCAGAGCCGCCGCCCUGCCUUUGACCUGCACGCCGCACUCCGGGCACCAAGCAGUGCCCAGCUGGCCCUCGGCUGCCCUUGCAGGCCAGGCACCGGGCAAUGCCCAGCCGACCCUCGGGUGCCCUUGGAGGCCGGGCACCGGGCAGUGCCCAGCCGCCCCUCGGCUGCCCUUGGAGGCCAGGCACCGGGCAGUGCCCAGCCACCUCUCAGCUGCCCUUGGAGGCCUGGUGGUGCCCGGUGCUCAGCCACCCGCGGAGGCCUUGAGUCUGCUGGGACGUGCGCAGGCAAACCUGCCGGAGCGCUUCGGGAGCGCCAGCACCGCAACCAGGCAAGCCCAAACAACACCACCGCCGCCAGCAGCUGAAGCUUUAACCUACCUCGAAAACGCUUCGCUCGCUUCUACCGAGCCUCCUUGCUUCCGAAGGAGCUGCGGGCCUGCAGCUGGCAGGGGCGCAGGCAGCAUCGCCGGGGCGGGCGGGCGGCCGGCGGUGGGAGCGGCCGCAGGCAGCGGGGCGCUGGGAUCCGCCGCAAGCAGCCGCACGCAGGGCGCCUGUCCCGGCUUGUUCGGGCCGCGGCUGGCGAGCGGGCAGGGCACGGCACGGCGGCACGGCACGGCACGGCACGGCGGCAGGCAGCCAUCCGGCUUUGCCGAGCAUCCCGAGCGUGCGGGAGCUCCUGAUGGAAGGUGUCCAGAGAAGGGCCGCGAAGGUGAUCCAGGAGGGAGGCGGUGA